UGUCAAGUGCUGAUGCUAACAUGUGCCUUCUCUCCCUCUCUGUUAAUAAGUUAAUGUAUAUCCUCUCUUUCACCGCUGCCACCUCAUCCACAUUGCUUAGUUUGAUGUUGUUGUGGGGAUUUUCUUCAUUCAUUGUCGAUUUCGACACUGCUUUGAGCUUCGAAGAACAAAAUGUUCGGCUUCUCUCGUAGGCAUAUGAAACUUGGCAGUAGAUUGAAGGUCCAGCUUUCUGACACUCCCCAGGGAACUAGAAGCCCAAUCAGGCAUCACCAGAAGCGAAAUGGUGAUGGAGUUGCAAGGACAAGUGGUCAUUCUGAGGAAAUUGACAGCCAGUUUUUGUCCGGUACAGCUGAGAUGCAUACUAGUACAUCAGGGAGCUCAGAGAGCUGGAUGGUGUUGUCAAUUGCAGGGGAAAAGCCCGCUCCUAGAUCUUAUCAUGCUGCUGCGGUAGUUGAGAAUAAGAUGGUAGUGGUUGGUGGUGAAUCAGGGAGUGGAUUGUUAGACGAUGUGCAGGUGCUAAAUUUUGACAGAUUUUUGUGGACCACCGCAUCCUCUAAGCUUUACUUAUCGCCUAGCAGUCUUCCACUAAAGAUUCCUGCUUGCAAGGGGCAUUGUUUGGUUUCUUGGGGGAAAAAAGCACUCCUUAUUGGAGGGAAAACAGACCCAGCAAGUGACAAAAUUUCUGUUUGGGUGUUUGAUACAGAGACAGAGUGCUGGUCCCUCAUGGAAGCAAAGGGAGACAUACCGGUUGCUCGCAGCGGUCACACGGUUGUUAUGGCUAACUCUGUUUUAAUAUUGUUUGGAGGAGAAGAUGCCAAAAGGAGGAAACUGAAUGAUCUUCAUAUGUUUGAUCUCAAGUCCUUGACAUGGCUUCCACUUCACUACACGGGAGCAGCACCUUGUCCAAGAUUCAACCAUGUGGCAGCUCUUUAUGAUGGUAAAAUUCUAUUUAUAUUUGGAGGAACAUCAAAAUCCAGGACCUUGAAUGACUUGUAUUCACUUGACUUUGAAACAAUGGCAUGGUCAAGAAUAAAAAUACGUGGUUUCCAUCCAUCUCCAAGAGCUGGUUGCUGUGGUGUAUUAUGUGGCACUAAAUGGUAUAUUACAGGGGGUGGAAGCAAGAAAAAACGACACGGGGAGACUUUGGUAUAUGAUGUUGUAAAAAGUGAGUGGUCUGUGGCAAUUGGGUCACCUCCAUCUUCUAUUACGACCAACAAGCAGGGUUUUAGCCUUGUACUCGUGCAACACAAGGAUAAAAACUUCCUUGUUGCAUUUGGGGGAUCCAAAAAGGAGCCAUCAAAUCAGGUGGAAGUGUUGAUUACAGAAAAAAAUGAAUCAAUAAAGCGACCAACUUCGACCAAAGGUCAAAGAUCUGAAUUACUUGAAAAACAUUCAUUAUCUGCUGGAUUGGCUUCUCAACUUAAAAAGGAAUCUUCCAAACAUUUGAUUGACUCUGUUGUGCGACAAAAUCUUGCAUCUGUAAUUGAACACGGUUCUGAAAGGAAAUCUCUGUCUGAAACCCUUCUUGAACAAGAUUCCAAUUCCCUCCCUACCAAGAUCUCCCUUCGCAGGCAAUUUGAUCAUCAUGAAGAAUACAAUCCAGAUGUCAGGAUCGACAAACUUUCAGAAGAUGAAAGUUCUUUCCCUCAGGCUGCGGAUCAUAGAACAAGUCAAAAUGACCCUGGUAGUCAAAUGAGAUCAAGUGGCACCAAGACCAACAUGGAGGAACAGUUCUCAGUAUCUGGAAAUUCAAAUCAACAAAACCUCGCAUUUGGAAACCUUUUGCUAGAAAGUGAUGAUGUGUCAUUCCCAGAAAAUGUUAAAUCAGGAUCACUGUCUGCUGCUUCAAGCAUCCAUCAUCAUUAUGAAACUAAAAUGUCUUCCCUAGUGAGAAAAUUUGGCAUUCUAGAGGGGCAAUUGUCAGCUGCAUUAGGGAGCAGAGAAGUUGCUGAGAAAAGUUUAGCAUCUGCCUUUAAAAGCCGGCAGGAGAUGGAAAAAAACUUAUCUGACACACUGAAGGAGAUGGAGUUGCUGAGAGAGAAACUGGCGAGUGCAGAGUUAUCUCAAGAAGAAGCUAACAACCUUUCGAACUUGGUCCAUGCUGACAAUGUAAGGCUUGAGCAUGAUGUGGCUUUCCUCAAGGCUGUUUUUGAUGACACUCAAAAGGAAUUGCACUCAACCAGAGGGGUUCUUGCAGCAGAAAGAGCCAGGGCAUUCCAAUUACAGGUUGAAGUUUUCCAUCUCAAACAGAGACUUCAAUCAAUAGAGAAUCGAGCCCCUACUCCUAGGAAACCUUUUCACGUAUAAUGCUUUGCAAGGUCAAAUGAUGACAUGCCUAUGAACUUCAGCACAAAUGAUGAGACAAUCCUUCUAUAUUAUGUGGACACAAUCUAUCAGGGGAAGUGCAAUUGGAUGAUGGCGUUGAAGACCUACAGAAAGACAAGCACAUUUUAUAGAACUUACCUUUUGGCUGAGAAAAUUGGAUCUGUAAUGAUGUUUUUUAACCACUGAGCUUCACCUUUCUUGAUAAA